CCUGAGGGAGGGAGGGACCCUCUUAGUGUCCAUGGAGACUUUUUACAACGACACGCGGAACCAGCGGCAGGACCAGAGCCAGCACCCGGUGGUCACGGCGGCAGCGGACAGCCCCGCGCACGGGAGCGACCUCAGCCUCCGCGCGCUCACCGGAUGCGUCCUGUGCGUCCUGAUCGUGUCCACGCUUCUGGGGAACGCGCUGGUGUGCGCCGCCGUCAUCAAGUUCCGCCACCUGCGCUCCAAAGUCACUAAUGCCUUCGUCAUCUCUUUGGCCGUGUCCGACCUGUUCGUGGCCGUGCUCGUGAUGCCGUGGAGGGCCGUGUCCGAGGUGGCCGGUGUCUGGCUGUUCGGCCGCUUCUGCGACACGUGGGUGGCGUUCGACAUCAUGUGCUCCACGGCCUCCAUCCUCCACCUGUGCAUCAUCAGCAUGGACCGCUACUGGGCCAUCUCCAGCCCGUUCCGCUACGAGCGCAGGAUGACGCGCAGGUUCGCGUGCGUGAUGAUCGGCGUGGCGUGGACGCUGUCUGUGCUUAUCUCCUUCAUCCCCGUGCAGCUCAACUGGCACCGCGCGGGCGCGCAGAACGCCACGGACCCGGGGGACUGCAACGCGAGCCUGAACCGCACCUACGCCAUCUCCUCCUCCCUCAUCAGCUUCUACAUCCCCGUCCUCAUCAUGGUGGGCACGUACACGCGCAUCUUCCGCAUCGCGCGCACGCAGAUCCGGCGGAUCUCCUCGUUGGAGAGGGGCUGCCGCGCGGCACACCGGCGGCGCCGCGCCUCUGCGCACGAGGAGAGCUCGCUGAAGACUUCCUUCCGCCGCGAGACCAAAGUGCUGAAGACGCUGUCGGUCAUCAUGGGCGUGUUCGUGUUCUGCUGGCUGCCGUUCUUCGUGCUCAACUGCAUGGUUCCGUUCUGCCGCCUGGAGCGCCUGCGCGCGCCGCCGUGCGUCAGCGACACCACGUUCAGCGUGUUCGUGUGGUUCGGCUGGGCCAACUCGUCCCUGAACCCGGUCAUCUACGCCUUCAACGCCGACUUCCGGAAGGCCUUCUCCACCAUCCUGGGCUGCAGCCGCUACUGCGCCACCUCGGCGGUGGAGGCGGUGGACUUCAGCAACGAGCUGGCGUCCUACCACCAUGACACCACCCUGCAGAAGGAAGCGUGCGCCGCGCCGGCGGAACUCGAGCGCGACUUCGAUAAAGUUUCGGCCACUUCCGGUGAUUCCCGGAACCGCCGGAACUUGCUGCUGCCCGCCAUCCUGCGGCACGAGUGCGAGGCCGAGAUCUCUCUGGACAUGAUGCCCUUUGGACACGAUGCACCGGCAGACUGUUACGCGAUCCCGGGUCAAGUCCAGGACCUGUGAGCGACCGGGGUUGACCUUUGACCUUCUGCUUGUAACUUUAAACGAGAGGAGAGGAUUUUUUCCUGUUGUCAGAUCGUUUCAGUGUGGACGAUUUUUCCCAUCAAACAUUUGAGAGGAUGUAAAAAAACGGAUACUCAUUAUCAUCAUCAUCAUCAUCAUCAUCGUGGUCUUCAGCGGCGGCUGGGACCUGCUGUGGAGCUCAGACCUCCCGAUGGAAGGCAGGUCGUCCUAUGUUUGUCACUCUGAGCUCUGCUCUGCUCAUCCCCAAUAUUCCAACGUCUGCACGUAAAAACAGAGAUGACAGAGUUUGUCCGAGUCUUUGGACCGCCUUACCGUUUCCUGUUAACACUCUUCAUACAUUAAAGUCUUUGCUUGAGACUCACUUCGACUCUCUUUCAUUUGGACCAAACCUCCACAGCUCUGGUUCCUCUGGUACUUUCCCUUCCACCACCUGAAGCUCGAGAAGAUCUGGCAAAAAUCACAAAUCCAAAAUGAUCCAUUGAGCCAAACAGGCAGUGCUGUGUUUGAUGUUCUCACCACACAUUUGUUGGAUUUCUCCUCAAAUCUGAAUUUUAAAAAACAAACCUCGUCCUGCUUCAUGCUCACUGAGUUUAUUCUUCUAAAUCCUGAUGUCAAUGUUCAACUUCAUGAUUGAUCACACAGACCAACAACCAGUCAGUUGCUGCUACCACGACACAAUGACAUAUACUCUUACUGCCAUAUUUUGGUGUCUGGUAUUUCGGACACUGCACUGAGGAUGUGUUUGUGUAUUACAGUCCAUGCAGGGAUUCAGGGGGGUUUGUAAUGAAAUAAGUGAAACAGACACAAUUUACAUGUUUAUGACUUUUUUUUCUCUGCAAAAAGAAAAGUGAUAAACAAGCUUUAAAAUAAUUCAUCCCGUGUGAGUUUACAUCAGCACUGUGAAAAGAUUUUUGUGUCACUGAGUUUUCAGUUUAUAGUAAAAUGUAAAAUUGUGUUUAUAGUAACCUUCACAGGUUUUUUCUCUCACGGUUAAACCGAUAACUCUUUAAAGGUACUUCUUUCCUUAAGUAGAUCAAUUUAAUCAAACUCCAGCAUUUGUUCAAGAAUCCUUCAUCUUUGUUUGAAUCUGCAGCUGCUGAACAACAACACUGUGCACUUAAUAACAGACACAUAUAAGGUUAAAUAUCCCAGGAACAUGAGGAUUGUCUGUCAGAGACUUUAAAUGGCACCAAGCUAACGGGCUGAAUGUCGGGAAUGAGGGGAAAAUCCGUCCUGAUUGUUUUCUGCUCUGGUUAGUGACACUCUGUCUGGAUGGCACACAUCAUCACACAUAAACUAAUAAAGUUUUGUGUG